GUACUAUACACGUGGCGGUCAUCGACAUUGCUUUGUGCCGGCGCGCAGCACCCAGGAUGUGCGGCGAUCGCUGAAAUGCAGUUGUGGGGUCCACACUCAUAUGGCACCCACGCCCCACACAGCACUGAUGCAGGGCUCCUGCAGCCGUCACGCCAUGGGAAUCAGCAUAUGGGCAGUGGCCUGUGCAUACUUCUCUGUGGCCUGGCGGGGCAUCUGGCCAGGGCGUUUGACUAGCGGCAUGGGGCCUGCACGCCGGUAGGGGGGCGCAGGCCCAAAAUGAUGCAAGGAAGCUGAUGUGUUGCGUGAGGUGCGCAGCGGUUCCUGAUGGACGUGGGUGCUUUCAUGCGUAUGUAUAUUGGCUAUGUGUGUUGAUCUUUGCACCAGGGUGGUGUCGCCGCGCAGCGGAGCAUUGGUGUUGGUGCACGGGGCGUGAACAUUGGGGCCCGCAGUUGGGAUCGCGCCGGCACGGUCGCGGGCACCGCUGAAGAUAUGUUGGCGCGACCGGUCGCUUAUGGUGCACGCUAAUACCCGCAUACUGUGUGUAAGCACCGAUUGCAAUUAUAAGUUGCGCAUGUAGAUAUCGGUCUUCUCCCGACAUGCGCUCUGAUGACGGUUCCAUUUCCGCCAACUUAGGGUGAGAGUUAAGAGCCGGAGCCCUGUUGCCACCUGCAAAAUGCCUUAGCAACAUGUGGCAACUAUCUGCCCGAAGCAAGUUGCAAGCCAGCCCAGUUCAGGUUGCCACAUGCCAUGCUGGGUAUUCCCAGCGCGCUAGCGCACCUGCUUGGGCAGCUCGCUAUGGCUGCCGUCGACAGUUGACCCUGGUAUCGACUUUUGCGACCGGCUCUCCACCGACCGCUUGGAUGCUUGCGCCCGGUCGCUGCCCCAGCUACUUCCGCGGUGAAAUAACAACGGCGAAGCGACAAGUGGUACCGCUGGUACCACCCACGGGGGCCUUGUGCCCAAGCCGUGGUGGCGCAUGGUAACUAUACACGUGGCGGUCAUCGACAUUGCUUUGUGCCGGCGCGCAGCACCCAGGAUGUGCGGCGAUCGCUGAAAUGCAGUUGUGGGGUCCACACUCAUAUGGCACCCACGCCCCACACAGCACUGAUGCAGGGCUCCUGCAGCCGUCACGCCAUGGGAAUCAGCAUAUGGGCAGUGGCCUGUGCAUACUUCUCUGUGGCCUGGCGGGGCAUCUGGCCAGGGCGUUUGACUAGCGGCAUGGGGCCUGCACGCCGGUAGGGGGGCGCAGGCCCAAAAUGAUGCAAGGAAGCUGAUGUGUUGCGUGAGGUGCGCAGCGGUUCCUGAUGGACGUGGGUGCUUUCAUGCGUAUGUAUAUUGGCUAUGUGUGUUGAUCUUUGCACCAGGGUGGUGUCGCCGCGCAGCGGAGCAUUGGUGUUGGUGCACGGGGCGUGAACAUUGGGGCCCGCAGUUGGGAUCGCGCCGGCACGGUCGCGGGCACCGCUGAAGAUAUGUUGGCGCGACCGGUCGCUUAUGGUGCACGCUAAUACCCGCAUACUGUGUGUAAGCACCGAUUGCAAUUAUAAGUUGCGCAUGUAGAUAUCGGUCUUCUCCCGACAUGCGCUCUGAUGACGGUUCCAUUUCCGCCAACUUAGGGCGAAGCGACAAGUGGUACCGCUGGUACCACCCACGGGGGCCUUGUGCCCAAGCCGUGGUGGCGCAUGGUAACUAUACACGUGGCGGUCAUCGACAUUGCUUUGUGCCGGCGCGCAGCACCCAGGAUGUGCGGCGAUCGCUGAAAUGCAGUUGUGGGGUCCACACUCAUAUGGCACCCACGCCCCACACAGCACUGAUGCAGGGCUCCUGCAGCCGUCACGCCAUGGGAAUCAGCAUAUGGGCAGUGGCCUGUGCAUACUUCUCUGUGGCCUGGCGGGGCAUCUGGCCAGGGCGUUUGACUAGCGGCAUGGGGCCUGCACGCCGGUAGGGGGGCGCAGGCCCAAAAUGAUGCAAGGAAGCUGAUGUGUUGCGUGAGGUGCGCAGCGGUUCCUGAUGGACGUGGGUGCUUUCAUGCGUAUGUAUAUUGGCUAUGUGUGUUGAUCUUUGCACCAGGGUGGUGUCGCCGCGCAGCGGAGCAUUGGUGUUGGUGCACGGGGCGUGAACAUUGGGGCCCGCAGUUGGGAUCGCGCCGGCACGGUCGCGGGCACCGCUGAAGAUAUGUUGGCGCGACCGGUCGCUUAUGGUGCACGCUAAUACCCGCAUACUGUGUGUAAGCACCGAUUGCAAUUAUAAGUUGCGCAUGUAGAUAUCGGUCUUCUCCCGACAUGCGCUCUGAUGACGGUUCCAUUUCCGCCAACUUAGGCAACAUGUGGCAACUAUCUGCCCGAAGCAAGUUGCAAGCCAGCCCAGUUCAGGUUGCCACAUGCCAUGCUGGGUAUUCCCAGCGCGCUAGCGCACCUGCUUGGGCAGCUCGCUAUGGCUGCCGUCGACAGUUGACCCUGGCGAAGCGACAAGUGGUACCGCUGGUACCACCCACGGGGGCCUUGUGCCCAAGCCGUGGUGGCGCAUGGUAACUAUACACGUGGCGGUCAUCGACAUUGCUUUGUGCCGGCGCGCAGCACCCAGGAUGUGCGGCGAUCGCUGAAAUGCAGUUGUGGGGUCCACACUCAUAUGGCACCCACGCCCCACACAGCACUGAUGCAGGGCUCCUGCAGCCGUCACGCCAUGGGAAUCAGCAUAUGGGCAGUGGCCUGUGCAUACUUCUCUGUGGCCUGGCGGGGCAUCUGGCCAGGGCGUUUGACUAGCGGCAUGGGGCCUGCACGCCGGUAGGGGGGCGCAGGCCCAAAAUGAUGCAAGGAAGCUGAUGUGUUGCGUGAGGUGCGCAGCGGUUCCUGAUGGACGUGGGUGCUUUCAUGCGUAUGUAUAU